CCCCUUGUGAGCCCCCGAUCGGUUUCACUGCCCCUCUCUGAACUCCUUGAAGUUUGGCAGUAACUACCCGCUGUUCAGCUGGGGACUUCGCAGAGGGGCUGAGCACACGGUCCAGGUGAGGUCUCCCGAGUCAGAGAUUUGUGACAACCGAAGAGCAUAUUCCAGGAGCCAUGAAAGACACAAACUCUGUUGAGCAUCUCCGGGGCCUCGUUACUUGUUCUGUCUGCCUGGAGCGCUGUCGAGAUCCAGUGAUCAGACACUGCGGCCACAACUUGUGCCAGGCCUGCAUCAACCGGCCCUGGAGAGAAGUGACAGAGCAAAUCACCUGCCCGUGGUGCAAAGAAGAUAUUCAGGAGGGAAAAUCCGGCUCUGACAACCAACCCUGGAAGGUGGAAGAAAUAGACAAGCAGUUCCUGUUAGAGGAGCCGAGUUUGUGGCCAGAAAGGGUGUGUGCGAACCACAAAGAAGAGCUAAAACUCUACUGCGUAGAGGAUCAAACCUUCAUUUGCCUUGUCUGCAGGGAUGCCCAGAAUCAUAAAUCACACACACUGAUUCCCAGAGAGGAGGCUGAUGCCAGCAUAAACCAGGGCAUCAGGCGUCCCUUGGCCGGCCGGAAGAAGUUUCCAAAAUCAAAGCCAACUUCUACCGUUAGGGGAGACAUAAAUAUGGUGGAGCUGGCGAAGCAGGCUGAGGACGGUGACCCAGUCGGACUCAAAGACGAUCCAUCUUUCUCCAAGAUCCAGACAUUCAUGGCGUGGAUGGUCCUACUCAUUUUCCUGAUUGCGAUCGGAGGAUUGAGCGCCACCAUAUUUGUUUUCACACGAGCUGCCAUCAAACCUGACAUGGCCGCUCUGAGAGCGUCUGCUGCCCCCUGCUGCCCAGAAGGCUGGAUCGCCUCCCAAGGAAAGUGCUACUAUUAUUCUGAAGCGGAAGGGAACUGGAAGUCCGGCCAGAAUUACUGCGCUUCACACGGUGCCUCUCUGGCUGCAAACAGUAGCUUAGAGGUUCUGGUAAGACGGAGCCAUCGAGUCCUUGUAACGGCAAUAGACCAGGUUGCCCACAGCAGGAGGUGUUGGCAUUAGACUGGGAAAACAUAACACCGUCCAAAGCUCCGCCCACAACCCAAGCCCCGCCCACUUGUGACACCAAGUGUCCCCGCUGGGGCAGUGGUGACCAACCCUGUUCAAAAAAAUCACAUCAUGCCCCCCCCUCCAAAAAAAAUCAUGGGAUUUGGCUUAAAAAUCACGGCAUUUUGAAAGCCACACUAAGCUUGGGGGUUCUUUUGUGCACUCGGGUCACGUUUUGAAGCUUUCUUCUGCAAACUCAGAGCUGGGAAUGUUUUAACUGUUUAAUGGAAGGCUGAGAUUCUUAUGUAUUCCUGUGACCCAGGAGCUGCGACUUCAGGACUAAACACCAAAUCUAAUGAUAAAAUCCUAAGAGAUGGCAACCCCAGAUAGGGUUAAAUAGCAAUGUGUUGUCAUUAGGGUUCAGAUUUAACACUCAGUGGAGAUGGGCAGGACAUGUGCCAUCCCUCUGAGUGAGUGGCUCAGGCUCUCUGCAGACUCAGGCAGCGUCGCUGCAUCUGUGACACUUGGGGCAGUUCUUUCUCUCAGCGAUUGCUUCAGGCUCUCUGCAAACUCAGGCAGAUGUGGCUGUGUCACUUACACUCAGUUCUUGUUUUGAACCAUAAGGGGUGGAGCGUCUUUGUUCUCUUAAUUUAUUAGUUCUAUUAUAGUAGUUCUAGAGGUCACAGUCAGGGAUCAAGGCCUCAUUAAUAUAUGUAAUCACUGUCUAUCUUAAACAGGAGGGGUUAUUAAAAGAAAACAGAUGCAAACUAUAGCCCCAAACAAGCAGGCUUCUACACAACUCACUCUCCAACUUUUCCUCUCUUGUUGACCAGGGACCCGCAUCCUCUUUGUGAAUAUGCAGAUCACAGAGGCUGAACGAGACACUUGUACAGACAUGUAACAAAUCCAUUCCCCAAACAGUUUGUAAUCUGUGGUUUGAGAACACAGAAUAGCAGGCCUCAUGUGCAGGCUCAACGACCCACAUCCAGGCACUGGACUGCAAUCGACAACUGGCGUCCACAAGCCUGCUUGGGUAGCUCAGGCCAGGGGGGGCACUGCAGCUAGGGCAGGUUGGGUUCAGGGCAUGGCCUCAGAGUU